CGAUAGCACAGCGCGCCGCGCCCCGGCCCGGUAUAUGAGCGCGGGCCGGCCGCGGCGCGACACUGUCUGCUGCAGCGCGCCGAGUCCCUCCCGCAAGCCGCAACCAAACCUGACUCGGGUCUCUUCUCUCAACCUCUUUUAUUUAAUUGCCAGCUACGCACAAAAAUGGACGUGUCGGGCGUGCUGGACGUGAUGGGCGGCUCGGGCGAGCUGGAGCUGCUGGCGCGGCACGCCGUCGACUCCGACGACCCGUGCGCCACUCACGACCACGCCAUGGUGUUCCACUCGUGCGUGUGUGCGGAGAUCCUGUUCAAUGGGUGGAAGACUAGCAACGAGCUGCAGUUGUUUGGGUCGGCGGUGGCCAUAUUCGUGGCGUCCGUGCUGUACGAGGGUUUCAAGUACUGGCGCGAGACACUGCCGAGCCCCACAGCCGCGCCGCUCUCCGACUCGCGGCAGAACAUCGCCAAGGGUGAUUCAGCAAUGAGCUCCUUCAGGGCGGCGGCGACGUCGGGCGCGCACGCGCUGCAGACGGCGCUGCACGCGGUGCAGUCGACGCUGAGCUACCUGCUGAUGCUGGUGUUCAUGACGUACAACGUGUGGCUGUGCCUGGCCGUCGUGCUCGGCCUCACGCUCGGCUACUUCCUCUUCGGCUGGCGGCGGAACUCCCUCAACGACCCCAACGAGCACUGCCAGUGACCUCACGUGACUCUUAUCUUCGUGGUAUUGUGUUGUCGUGUUUAUACCUACAUAUGUACGAAUACUCAAUUAUAUUAUUUACUUUAUUGCC